GUUUUCUUCACUUCAGCAAUUGUUGCUGUUGUGGUGCGUACAGCAAUGGGAUGGUGUAAAAGUGGAAACUGUGAACAUUUUGGCUCUGGUGGCUUCAUAAUAUGGGACAUAUCAGGUGGUCAAGAAGAUUACUCAUUCAGGAACUACUGCCAAUGGCCAUCAUUGGGGUUAUUGGGGGUCUUCUAGGAGCAUUGUUUAACCAGCUUACACUUUAUAUAACUUCCUGGCGUCGAAAUUAUCUGCACAAGAAAGGAAACCGUGUUAAGAUAAUUGAAGCAUGUCUGAUCUCCAUUUUGACAUCAAUCAUAUCCUUCGGGCUGCCAUUGUUAAGAAAAUGCACUCCCAGCCCUGAGGCAGAUCCCAGUUCUAGCAUUGAAUGUCCACGCUCUCCCGGAAUGUAUGGAAAUUAUGUAAACUUCUACUGCAGCAAGGACCAGGAGCAUAAUGAUCUUGCAACUAUAUUCUUCAAUACUCAGGAUGAUGCAAUAAGAAACUUAUUUAGUGCAAGAACAGUUCACGAGUUUAGCGCGCAGAGUCUACUAACCUUUUUGGGAACGGCGUUGACGAUGAUCGAUUGUUGGAGAAGAAAUGCAAAAGACGGUGAUAUCGAACAUGCUUCAAAGAGGCAGGUCGCGGGGUCGACCCGGGAUCGAGGAGGCGCGGUGAGGUCGCCUUCGUUUGGGACCCUGGGUGCUGUCAACCGAACGGCGAAAGGUCGCCUUCGUCUAGGUGCUGUCGACCGAACGGCAGAAGGUCUGGGUACCGUCAUCUGA